UAUAAUCAGGAGUUUUCUGAUGAAUUGGUUUUGAUAUAUGUUUGGCUAUUUGAAAAUUUUCAUUAAUUCAAUGACACAGUAAAGGAUUGUUAUCAACAAUGACUGCAUAUAAAAAAUAAAGGACACUAAAAUUUACGAAAAAAAUUUUGAUUCCAACAAAAACCUCAAAUACUUUCGAUUGUAUAUAAUUUCCAGUAAUUUCGAGAAUCAGUUUUUUUAACGCUUCUGUUUAUAACAAGCGACAUCUGUGCCUUAUUUACAGACAAUGCUUUUUGAGAAAUAUAUUAAACAUUGAAUUGGGAAAAUGACGAACGAAAAAGACUUAUUGCCCUGUUAUAAUCGCGGCUGUGGGCAGAAAUUCGAUCCAAAUGAUAAUAAAGAUGGGGAUUGUGCCCAUCAUCCGGGUGUUCCAGUAUUUCAUGAUGCUUACAAAGGUUGGUCGUGUUGUAAAAAAAAAUGUACGGACUUCACAGAAUUUCUAAACAUAAAAGGAUGCAUGAAAAGUUUUCACACAAAUGAAAAGCCCCCAGAGCCAGAAAAGGCACCUGUGGAUAAACCACUACUUGAGGAAGUUAAAGAGAUCAAGCCUUUAGUUGCCUCCACAAUGAAAAGGCCAGCGUUUGAGAGCCCAAGAACAACUUUGGUACCUACUGUAUCUCCGAGUCUUUUAGACCAAAUAAAAGGCCUGACGUUUACAUCUACAAAAAAAAGUGAUGACGCAGAAAUAACUAUGGGACAAAACUGCUACAAUAAAGCUUGCAAAGCUACAUAUAGAGGCACUGACUCUCUCACAGAAGUCUGCACUUACCAUCCUGGAGUACCUAUAUUUCACGAAGGCUUGAAAUCUUGGUCCUGCUGUCAGAAAAGGAGUACAGAUUUUUCUGUUUUUCUUGCACAGCCAGGGUGCACAGAAGGAAUACAUCAAUGGAUUCCGCCGAAUACAGACAAACAAAUAAAUUGUCGAAUGGAUUGGCAUCAAACGGGAUCAUACGUGGUAAUAUCGAUUUUUGGAAAGAAAUAUCAACCAGAUAAAUCCACUAUAAAACUGAAUCCUAUCAGACUGUCAGUGGACUUAUUUUUCAUCGAGGAGAAUUCGAGAUACAAUAUGGACAUUGAGUUGAGAGGGAUCGUGGAUGUCGAGCAGAGUUCAGUGUCGAUGCUCCCAACAAAAGUUGAAAUUAAAUUGAAAAAAGCAGAGCCUGGGUCCUGGUCUCAAUUGAGUUUUCCCCAACCUUCUAGUGAAAGCGUAAAAACACAAGAGGAAAAAGAGGACGAUCGAAUGACCGAACGUGUGGAAGCUGUCGAUCUCAGUGAUCUAUGAUUAUGAAUUUUUCAAUUCAAGGAGAAUCUGAAAUUUUGUUCUCCACUAUUGAAGAUGUGGGUGCUUGACUUCAUUCUCCAUUCUUUUACUUUUAUGAACAAAAAUACGCACAAAAGCACCAGAUUUGCGAGAUCCAGUGAAUCACGAAAAAUAUAGAAAAAUUCACAUGUUAUUGAGAGACAAUAAAAAAAUUGUUCUAUUGAAA